AUGGCGCCCGCGCCCGCUUCGGUCUCGCCCGCGCGCGGGAAGCGACGGCUGGUGGGAUUGGACGUCCUGCGUGGCAUCACCAUGGCCGUGAUGCUCAUCGUGGACACCUUGGGUGACCUCUAUCCCAGCAUUGGACAUGCACCCUGGGACGGCUUACACUUGGCAGACUUGGUGAUGCCGUACUUCUUGCUGAUCUCGGGGAUCAGCUUCCACAUCAGCCUCUCCCCAACGAUCCAACCGUGGACGGUGCUCCGGCGAAACGCCUUCCGUGCGCUGCGGCUCUUCCUUUUGGGCCUGGCCGUGCAGGGGAGCAUCUUCCAUGUGACGCCUGCUGGGCCGCUCUUGGUCUUGAACUUAGGCACUGUGCGCAUCAUGGGAAUUUUACAGCGGAUCGCCAUUGUGUUCCUCUUCGUCUCCUUAAUCGAUCUCUUUGUUCCCGCACGUGGUUCUCGCGAUGGCGACGGUGAUGCGUUUGAAGCGUUGCUGCCAGAAGAACAGGGCAUCGGUUUGUGGCUGCUUUGGCGCACCGUGCUCAGGUGGAUCCUGGUGCUGUUGCUGGUGCUUCUGGGAACGUGUCUCACCUAUGGUGCUCCACCGUCCAGUUGGCCUGGCUGCGCUUCAACCUUGUACUCCUCCUCUGACGUCGUCAGCUUGCAUGACAUGGGCUGCAGCAGAGCCGGCUGGCUGGAUUCCAUACUCCUGGGCGUCCAACACGUCUACGUCCAGGGCACGUCCAUAGGACCCAAGGGCGCGCCCAACUUUGGUUUUGAUCCAGAGGGUUUGGUCACAACGCUGAGCGCCACGUUCCCCAUGUUCGUGGGGGCUCAUCUGGGGCGAUCUGGACGAGUCCUGCAACGAUUCUUCGCGCAUUGGCUACUGCUUGGCACCACGUUCACUGCGAUCGGCUGCUGGAUGACACAAUGGAUUCCGUUUAACAAGCGCUUAUGGUCGCCAUCAUACAACCUUUGUACAGCGGGCACAGGUAUUUUCCUGUAUGCGGCCUUAUUCUUCCUUUGCGACCGAGAGCCCUCCUCUCCAUUAUGGCGGAAAAUGACCAUCAUAGGCACUACGGCCUUGAAGCCUUUUCAAUGGCUGGGUGCCAACUGUAUCUUGUUUUUCGUGCUCUCCGAGUGUUGCGGAGUCCUCAGCUGGGCGUUGCAGUCAGUGAGGGGUGAAGAACAGAACAUCGUCCGCUGGUUUCGCGACCAUUUCCUGUGGCACACUUGUCGACUCGGACACCACUGCCCCAGCCCAGUUGGCAACGUUCAGAACGCCUGCGCACCAGUGGAAGUAGCAUUCACGCUGAUCGGUUUGCUCUUUUGGAUUUUGGUGCUCUUGCGAUGGUGCAGCGCUCUCGGAUGGAAUUUCCACCGAUGUCAUUGGAACGACAAGUACCUGCGGGCGCAGCCGGUUCGUGUGGCAGCGCCCGAGGAUGGGCGAAACUGGCGAAUCGGUGAAGAGAAAAAGCCUGGGUAUGUGUGGAAGCUCUACAGCGCUGUGCCCACCAUCCCGGGCCCCGAAGCGCGGUCGGCGCACCAGGCCUUUGGUGCGGACGGAUACCUCUACGUCUUCGGAGGAGAAUGGUCCAGCCGGGAUCAGAAACGCUAUCGUCAAUUCCGAGAUCUUUGGCGCUUUGAGUGCUCGGGCGCUCCGGGCACGCGCUGGGAGCAGUUGGAGGCCCAUGGCAGCGUGCCAGACAGUCGCUCUGGGCACCGGAUGGCGACGGCCGGGUCCUAUGCAGUGCUCUUUGGUGGCUUCUCCGAGGACAAGAAGCGCCGAGCGACGUACUGGGACGAUUUCUAUGCCUUGCAUCUACCCAGCCACACUUGGAGACUCUUGCCCGUCUCCUCUGAUCGUCGAGCUCGCCCCAUCUCACGCGCCGGAGGGCUGCUGUUUGCCGCGGCCAGCCAGGUCUUUCUCUAUGGCGGUUCCCGGCCGACGCGGAAGGGUGGCGAUUCCUUGCAGAUCUUGGAGGACCUUUGGUGUGCGCGGCUGGGCAGCGAUGGUGGAGCUUUGUGGGAGCAGCUUGCGGUUCAAGGGGAGGGCCCAGGCAAGCGCAGUGGGCUUUGUCAGUGCGCCCUGCAGUCACAGGAGCCGCUGCGGCGCCUGGUCUUCGGCGGUGUGGCAGACCAUCGAGUCGCGUCCAACUGGUCGGAUGGCACCAAACGCGCAGCGGACGUGGCGGUGUUUCAUCAAGAUCUGUUCCUUCUGGACUGCACCGGGACUCCACGCUGGACGUGCAUUUGGCCACGGCCCGGUUCACAGCUACCGGCCUCUCCACAGGCCUCCGUGCUUCCGGAGGAACUCUUGGCGCGCGGCGGCGGCGCCGACGCAGCCUGCUUAGCGUUGGCCAUCCACCAAGGCGCCAAAGCGAAGAGUGGCGAGGCAGCGCGCCAG